GAGAGUGCGCGCACACACAGUCACACACACCGGCUCUGACAUACCUGUGCUGGCUUGGGGGGGGGUGCUGUGCCGAGCUGGAGGUGCAGCUCUGUCACUGCCUCUGAAGCUGCUCUCCUGUCACUUUGGGAGAGAAGCGGGUGUCACUUGUCUCCUCUGCUCUCUUCCCUUUCCUCUGACUCCUGGAAUGCUUAAACUGGACUGAUGGACAUUUCCGAACUUUGCAUCCCAGACCCUCUCAGCUAUCAUAACCAGGGCUCGUUGUGCGAUUCAUUAGAGCGAUUACGCAGUCCGCUGGCCACACUGGACCCCACACAUUUCUGGCUGCUGAAUAGAAUGGCCGCUGAUGACCGGCACAUGCCUUCCAGCUGUGGGAGCUACAUCAAGACUGAGCCCUCCAGCCCUUCCUCGGUCAUCGACACGGUCAGCCACCACAGCCCCAGCGGCAACUCAGACGCCAGCGGCGGCUAUGUCAGCGCCAUGAACAGCCACUCCAACGGCCUGGACUCCCCGCCCAUGUUCACCCCGGGCGGGAUCGGGGGCGGGGCCUGCCGCAAGCGAUACGACGACUGCUCCAGCACCAUCAUGGAGGACUCUCCCAUUAAGUGCGAAUACAUGUUGAACUCCAUCCCCAAGAGGCUGUGUCUGGUCUGUGGAGAUAUUGCGUCGGGGUAUCACUAUGGCGUGGCCUCCUGUGAGGCCUGCAAAGCCUUUUUUAAAAGGACGAUACAAGGUAACAUUGAGUACAGCUGUCCGGCCACAAACGAGUGUGAGAUCACGAAAAGGAGGCGCAAGUCCUGCCAGGCCUGCCGCUUCAUGAAGUGUUUGAAAGUGGGAAUGCUUAAGGAAGGUGUGCGUCUAGACCGUGUGCGAGGAGGCAGACAGAAGUACAAGAGGAGGCUGGACACAGAGAACACGGCCUAUUUGGGCCUCACACUCCCCCCUCCUGCCAAAAAACCACUGACGAAGAUCGUGUCACACCUACUGGUGGCGGAGCCAGAGAAGAUCUACGCCAUGCCGGACCCCACCAUGCCCGAGAGCGACAUCAAGGCCCUGACCACACUGUGCGACCUUGCUGACCGCGAGCUGGUGGUCAUCAUCGGCUGGGCCAAGCACAUCCCAGGCUUCUCCAACCUGUCGCUGGGAGACCAGAUGAGCCUCCUGCAGAGCGCGUGGAUGGAGAUUCUCAUCCUGAGCAUCGUGUUCCGCUCGCUGCCCUACGAGGACGAGCUGGUGUACGCCGAGGACUACAUCAUGGACGAGGAGCACUCGCGCCUCACGGGCCUGCUGGACAUGUACGUGUCCAUCCUGCAGCUGGUCCGCAAGUACAAGAAGCUCAAGGUGGAGAAGGAGGAGUUCGUCACCCUCAAGGCCAUUGCACUCGCCAACUCAGAUUCCAUGCACAUAGAGGAUGUGGAGGCGGUGCAGAAGCUCCAGGACUCCCUCCACGAGGCCCUACAGGACUACGAGGGCAGCCAGCACCCGGAGGACCCGCGGCGGGCGGGCAAGCUGCUGAUGACCCUGCCCCUCCUCCGGCAGACGGCCACCAAGGCCGUGCAGCACUUCUACAGCAUCAAGGUGCAGGGCAAGGUGCCCAUGCACAAACUCUUCCUGGAGAUGCUGGAGGCGAAGGUGUGA